UCCGUCAAAUCUGCAGCUUGAAGAGGGAGAAAGGGUAUAAUUGCUUAGCUCAUUAAUAAUCUGUAGCGGUUUUCCAUCUAACUUGUUUACCGGCGCCGGAUUUUCUCUUUUUCCCUUCCGGCGUAUGCUUCUUCUUCACCGAACCCACUUCUGAUUUGUCUUUCUUUCAAAUGGGUUGUGUUUUGUGUUUAAUGAAACCCAAGAAAAAUAAUGCACAAACCGAUAUUACCCACGAACCUUCAAUGGGUUCUCGUUCUAUUAGCAAAAUUCGGCGUCAUUCUGAUACUGUGGUUCAUAAUAUGGGUAAGGAAAGGAAAAAGGAAAGACGGGCAACGGGAGAUUUUCCGGCGAUUGAUCGGUAUAAUCUGAAACCGGAUUACGGGUUGAAAAUCGUACAUGGAUGGCCGUCGUGGCUUGGAGAUGUAGCUGGGGAGGCAAUCAAAGAGUGGACGCCUCGUCGUACUAAUACAUUCGAGAAGCUUGAUAAGAUUGGGCAAGGGACUUAUAGUCAUGUAUACAAGGCUAGGGAUUUGAUUACAGGAAAGGUAGUGGCUUUGAAGAAAGUUAGAUUUGAACAUUUGGAUCCAGAUAGUGCGAAAUUUAUGGCUAGAGAAAUACUUAUAUUAAGAAGACUUGAUCAUCCAAAUGUGAUCAAACUUGAAGGAUUGGUUGCAUCAAGAAUGUCUCCAAGUAUCUAUCUUGUAUUUGAAUACAUGGAACAUGACUUGACUGGUUUAGCUUCUGUGCAAGAAAACAACUUCUCACUGUCUCAGGUGAAAUGCUAUAUGAAGCAAUUGUUAUCGGGGCUCGAGCAUUGUCAUAACAAUGGUGUGUUGCAUCGUGACAUAAAGGGAUCCAAUUUGCUAAUUGAUAACGAUGGAAAUCUAAAAAUUGCUGAUUUUGGACUCGCUUCUUUUUAUGAUCCUAAAUGCACUCAACCUAUGACUAGCCGAGUUGUGACUCUAUGGUAUCGACCACCUGAGUUACUUCUUGGAGCCACUCAUUACAGUGUGGGUGUUGAUCUCUGGAGUGCUGGUUGUAUUUUGGCUGAAUUACUUUAUGGAAAUCCAAUAUUGCCAGGAACAACAGAGGUCGACCAAUUGAAUAAGAUAUUUUUGUUAUGCGGUUCUCCAUCUGAAGAAUAUUGGGAAAAAUGUAAGUUGAAGAAUGCACAUCUUUUUAAACCUACUAAUCAACAUAGGAGACGUGUAAGAGAUGUAUUCAAAAACUUCCCGACUUGUUCACUAUCUGUCGUGGAAACUCUUCUUGCGAUUGAUCCUGAUGAACGCGGUUCUGCAUCACAAGCCUUGAAUAGUGAAUUUUUCAAUACCGAACCAUAUGCCUGUGAUCCAUCAAAUUUACCAAAGUAUCCCCCAAGCAAAGAAAUCGAUGCUAAACUGCGGGAUCAAGAGGCUAAAAGGCGAAGAAAUCUAAAUGGUAAAGCCCAUGUCAAUGAUGGCCACAAAAAGGCAAGGACACGAGCUCGGGCUGGUCGUGCGAUUCCAGCCCCGGAAGCAAAUGCCGAACUACAGGCUAAUUUGGAUAGGAGAAGGGUGGUAAUGAGUCAAGCUAAUGCGAAAAGCAAAAGCGAGAAGUUUCCUCCGCCUCAUCAGGACGCGGAGGUAGGAUACCAACAAUAUAAAUCGGAAAAUGGGCCGGCUUCGUUUGCUCCGUCCGAUUCUUCUUUCGGGUCUUCGAUCGUGGAAAUGAAAUCGUCGAAUUCUUUCAAGAAUUCCAACGAUAAUUGGCAUUUCAGGAAGAGGAAACCAAAGAAAAAUUAGGUUCUUAUCAGAUUCGAUGAAGAGGCCUUUCAAUUCGAUAUCGGUGGCCUAAGAUAAAUAUUAUUUUUUGUGUAAUUACUAUUCUACCCUCUCUUUCUGUUCUUGUUCUCUCCUUUUUUGAGCUUUUACCAUAGGCUUUUGGUGUCAGUAUCCCUCAUAAGGAAACCUGGAGGAGGACUUAAUAAAGUCUAAUGUGUAUGUAUGAUCUGUAUUUGGCAGAAUUUUAGAAUUUUUGUCAC